UUUACGUAUCUUUAGAGGAGAAGGCUCUUUUGCGUUUGGCAUUUGAGGGAUCAGGAGCCGCGCGCAUCAGCGUGGGCGCAAGGCGGCUGUAUUCGUGGUUCGUUUCCCUCGCGACAGGCAAUGAAUUUUCGGCGAAGCGACUUUGGAAGCAGUUUGGCCAUUGGUGCCUUGGUGCUCUUCCGGUCUCCUCCCCUCUAGCCUGUUGCUACUGCUGUUGGAAAGUUUUGAUUUUGCGCAGAAGGGUUGCUGACUUCUGGCUGUAUGGGAGUUUGGUUUGGCGGUGAGCCCCAGUCUCUGGUUCCUUCUGCCUGCCAGAUGGUCAGAUUCCCUUUUCCCGGUUUCUGAUAGAGUGCUUUGCCAUCGCUAUUUAGUGCUUACAAAAGUAAAUAUAGCCAACACAAGGAAUUUGGAAUUUUUCACUCUGCUGUGACUUACAGGUCCUGUAACCUUGAAUCGUAGUCUGCUUUCGAUUUUCCUGAUAUUUAUCUUCUUGUGGUGUACUGAUGAGCAGAACUCUUCCACUACAUACCUCAGUUUUGCCUAAGGAAAUAUGUGCAAGAACUUUCUUCAAAAUUGCUGCACCAUUAAUAAACAAAAGGAAAGAAUAUUCAGAAAGAAGAAUUUUAGGAUAUUCAAUGCAGGAAAUGUAUGAUGUAGUAUCGGGUAUGGAGGAUUACAAGCAUUUCGUUCCUUGGUGCAAAAAAUCAGAUGUUUUAUUAAAGAGAUCUGGAUAUUGUAAAACACGAUUAGAAAUUGGAUUUCCACCUGUAUUGGAGCGAUACACAUCAGUAGUAACCUUGGUGAAGCCUCAUUUAGUAAAGGCAUCUUGUACUGAUGGGAGACUUUUCAAGCACUUGGAGACUAUUUGGCGUUUUAGCCCAGGUCUUCCUGGCUACCCAAGAACAUGUACCUUGGAUUUUUCAAUUUCUUUUGAAUUUCGAUCACUUCUACAUUCUCAGCUUGCCACAUUGUUUUUUGAUGAAGUUGUAAAGCAGAUGGUAGCUGCCUUUGAAAGAAGAGCAUGUAAGCUGUAUGGUCCAGAAACAAAUAUACCUCGGGAGUUAAUGCUUCAUGAAGUCCAUCACACAUAAAUGGAAAAAACAACUGGUGUCACCUGCUUCUAGCUUUAGUUUGUUCACUUUUACGAAGUAUUUUCAUAUGUUUUUUUGGAAGCCAGAAGGCAUUGUUUAAACGCAGCUUUGGUUAUAAACCUGCACCAUUGAAACUUUGCACAUAGAAUAUAGACUCUUACAUUCUUCAAUCAAGUAUAAUUCAAAGUAAUACAGACAUUAUUAUGUUCUGAAUUUACAAUAAUGGGAUGUCGUCACCGUUGCUAGAAUACUGACAUGAUUCUUCUGAGCAGAAGUUGAAACUGUAAAUUUAAACCUUUUAAUUAUCACCUUACUGUAAGAAAGAGGUUAGUUAAGAUAUUCACGCAGUAUGUAUUGUAUUAACCAUAUCAUACUUAAGUUAUUAAAUUCAGACUAUUUGUAACUUAUUGUUAUAGGGCCUACUGGCUUAGGAUAUUUGAGUAAUCAUGUAUUUAAAGUAAAAACUUUGGGCUG